AUAAAUAACGGUACCAGUUUUAAAAUCUGUCUGUGUGUCCUGCCAACUCAGACGAAAAAUAUGGAUAGUCCUUCGAAUUUUAGACAACGUCAUGCAUGUACCUGCCUCAUAUUAGUAUGAAGAAACUGUUGAAGUGUGUACAAUAAAGUUAUUUCAGAAAAAAAAGCUUAAUUCUGAAAUAUUGAGACAACUACAAAACAGCUGGACAGAAAAGAAGACAAAAGAAACCUGGAUCUAAACCACAGUUAUAUGAGGACACAAGCAUGCAACAACCACCCCCUCCACAGUAUGGUUAUGGACCACCACCUGGACAAGGUAAUUAUGAUCCCAAUGCUUUUGCCGGUAUGCCAGGAAGUCAGAUACUGAAUGAUCCUAUGGCAAAUAUGGCAAUGCAGUAUGGCUCUUCUCUAGCAGACCAAGGCAAAGAUUAUGUUAAUAAAAAUUUAGAAAAAUAUGUAGCCACAUCCAGAUUAAAGUACUAUUUCGCUGUUGAUACUGCAUAUGUUGGGAAGAAAUUAGGACUUCUUUUAUUUCCCUUCACACAAUCAGAUUGGUCAAUAAAAUACAAUUCAGAUGAACCAGUUCAACCUAGAUUUGAAUUAAAUGCACCAGAUUUGUAUAUACCAUCUAUGGCCUUUGUAACAUACGUCUUAGUAGCAGGUAUUGUCCUAGGAACACAAAACAGAUUUACGCCAGAACAAUUAGGAAUACAAGCCAGUUCAGCUUUUGUUUGGUUAAUUAUAGAACUUGUUGUUAUUAUGAUCAGUUUAUAUAUAAUGAAUGUCAACACUAAUUUAAAAUACACAGAUGUCAUAGCAUAUUGUGGAUAUAAAUUUGUUGGAAUGAUAUUUGCUUUGAUAGCAGGUCUAGUUUUCUUAGCCAAUGGAUAUUACUGUGUACUUUUAUGGUUUGGUAUUACAAUUUCAGUAUUUUUAAUUCGCACAUUACGAGUACAGCUGUUAUCUCAGACGGCUGAUGAUGGAUUUUCACGUGGAAGUAAGCGUAGCUGGUAUCUGAUUCUGUCCAUAUCACUUCUACAGCCUCUCAUGAUGUGGUGGCUGACUAGUCAUAUCAUGUUUCAUAGUGUAAAAUGAGUGUAAAAUAUACUGAACAAAGGAGAAAAUGUCAUGACAAACUGUUGAAAAUUGACAACUUGAGCAUAUGACAUGCUGUAAAGAAUGUAAUUUGUCUAGGUCAUGUAAUGCAGAAGAAAUGGCAUGCUGCAAAAAAUGAAAUAACUAUGGUCAUUUAAUGCAGCAGUUAUCACAAGCAGACUUUUUUUGAAAUCCAGCUUACAGUUGAAAAUGAAUCUGGUUAAAUGGUGCAAUUGAAUAUAAAAAAAGAGAAAAACAUGUGAACAUUUUGUUUGCCAAAGAAAUGCUAAUAUUGUAGGGACCAUAGUUUGUUAAUACAUGAUUUAUAUAUACAGACUAUCUUUAAACAAAUUGUAACUUCAUCCUAUGAAAAAAGUGUACUUAACCUUUGGUUGUAAGAUUAUUUCAUGGUUAUUGCUUUCUUUAUGUGUUUGUGCCAAAGAUUUCAUGUUUAUUUUAUUUGAAAUAUUUUAUUUAUGUUCUUUUAGCUUUGUGUAAAGGUAUAUAUAUAUAUAUUCAAAUGCAUGCACUUGUUUCUGUUGAUAAAUAUUCUUUAUGUGAAAGGUUGCAUGUCAAAAUAUAAAAUCACUGAUGCAAAGUUAGCAUUCAUGAAUAAGGGAGAUAAUUGAUAGUGAAAAAUAAAUUUCAUAUUAGGGAGAUGAUAGUGAAUUAUUUUUUAUGUAAGGGAGAUAAUUUAUGGCAAAUAUUUCAAUGUGAGGGAGAUAAUAAGAAAUAUAUCAUGUUUUGGGUUGCAAUUGUUUAAAUAGUCAUGCAUUUCCCUUAGGCUAUUUAUUUUUGCCAUCAUCCAUCUAUCAUAUGAAUUGAAAAAUUUCGAAGGUGUGUCUCUGUGAGAUGAAUUAUGGGAACGAUAUCUGUAACCAGUAGGUGAAUUAAAUUGAAUUUUAGAAUCUACCUUAAAGAGGCCUGGUUUGUGAAUCAGUUAUAUUUACACUUUACUAACACAAUAGUUUAGGAUUGGGUUUCUGUUUUAUUUUUCGAUUUUUUAUUUUAUCUCUUAUGGUUUGUUUGGGCUAAGGAUACUGUAAAAUAAAGAUUUUUUAGAUGACCAAAAGUCUAAAGCAAAGUAUCUUUUGUAGAGAUGAAUUAAUUAAAAAAGGAGAAAAAAUCUGUUUGUCGCUGAGUUAUAAAUAUAGAGUGCAUUUCAUAUAGAAGGAUCUAGAGAGAUGACUAAUAUCACCUAUCUGAGUUUUUCACAAAAUUUUAGUAGGGAGGUGUGCUGUGCAUUUUCUCCUCCCUCAAUUAUUAAAUGAAAUUAAUUGAAAAAAAUUCACAUAUAAGAAAAUCUCUGGGAUGUUUUCUACACUUCUAAGUCAAGUAUAUUGAUAGGGAGUAAUUAUUAUUCAUAGUCACCAAAAAGAUUGUUAAUUUGUCAUAAACCUUGUCUUUAAAAGGCCAGUUUAAAUUAAAUUUUAUUUAUUUGAAUUCUCAUACUAUCCUCAUGCUAUUUUUUUUCCUUUAUAGUUUAAAAUGUCAACAAUACUUAAUAUUUUUAUUAUGUUUAAGUAAAUAUUUCUUUGAAUAAAUGUGAUCAGUGUUUAAAGAGAAUCUGUUGCUCUUUCAAUAUCAAUAUGUUAUUGGUAUACAGGAAAUAAAUUUGAUUUCACAGUG